GCCGGGUUAGCCGACUUCCGCCCGCGUCCAAGAUGGCGAUUAAGCGGCCUUCAUAACCUUUACGGGGCUGGGCAGUGUUGACGCGGGAGCUGGCAGGGGGUGGAGCGGUUAGUAAACAGCAAAUGCGGGAACUGCUGGGCCGGAGUCAGCCAUGGACUGGAAAGAAAUUCUUCGCCGGCGGAUAGCGACGCCCAACAACGGUGAAGAAAGCUGUGCACCAGUCUCAUGGUUCAUGAUGGAAGAAUGGCUAAAUGAGAUGGCCAUCUGCCAGCAGCAAGCGGGUUGGGUAAUAGCACCCUGAGGUGUGAGCUUCAGAUGGAAGGCGUCUGCUGUAGAAAAAAAAAGUGAACAAGAAUUAAAAGAUGAAGAAAUGGAUUUAUUUACCAAGUAUUACUCAGAAUGGAAAGGAGGUAGAAAAAACACAAAUGAAUUCUAUAAGACCAUUCCCCGGUUUUAUUAUAGGCUGCCAGCUGAAGAUGAAGUCUUACUACAGAAAUUAAGAGAAGAAUCCAGAGCCGUCUUUCUGCAAAGGAAAAGCAGGGAACUGUUAGAUAAUGAAGAAUUACAGAACUUAUGGUUUUUGCUGGACAAGCACCAGACACCACCCAUGAUUGGAGAGGAAGCAAUGAUUAAUUAUGAAAAUUUUUUAAAGGUUGGUGAAAAAGCUGGACCAAAGUGCAAGCAAUUUUUCGCAGCGAAAGUCUUUGCUAAACUCCUUCAUACAGAUUCUUAUGGAAGAAUUUCCAUCAUGCAGUUCUUUAAUUAUGUCAUGAGAAAAGUUUGGCUUCAUCAAACAAGAAUAGGCCUCAGUUUAUAUGAUGUUGCUGGACAAGGGUAUCUUCGGGAAUCUGAUUUAGAAAACUACAUAUUGGAACUUAUCCCUACUUUGCCACAAUUAGAUGGGCUGGAAAAAUCUUUUUACUCCUUUUAUGUUUGUACAGCAGUUAGGAAGUUCUUCUUCUUUUUAGACCCUCUAAGAACAGGGAAGAUAAAAAUUCAAGAUAUUUUAGCAUGCAGCUUCCUAGAUGAUUUAUUGGAGUUAAGGGAUGAGGAACUGUCCAAGGAGAGUCAAGAAACAAAUUGGUUUUCUGCUCCUUCUGCCCUACGGGUGUAUGGCCAGUAUCUGAAUCUUGAUAAGGACCACAAUGGCAUGCUCAGUAAGGAAGAACUCUCCCGCUAUGGAACGGCAACCAUGACCAAUGUCUUCUUAGACCGUGUUUUCCAGGAGUGUCUCACUUAUGAUGGAGAAAUGGACUAUAAGACCUACCUUGAUUUUGUUCUUGCAUUAGAAAACCGAAAAGAACCUGCAGCUCUGCAAUAUAUUUUCAAAUUGCUUGACAUUGAGAACAAAGGAUAUCUGAAUGUCUUUUCCCUUAAUUAUUUCUUUAGGGCCAUACAAGAACUAAUGAAAAUCCAUGGACAGGAUCCUGUUUCAUUUCAAGACGUCAAGGAUGAAAUCUUUGACAUGGUAAAACCAAAGGAUCCUUUGAAAAUCUCUCUUCAGGAUUUAAUCAACAGUAAUCAAGGAGACACAGUCACCACCAUUCUAAUUGAUCUGAAUGGCUUCUGGACGUACGAGAAUAGAGAAGCCCUUGUUGCAAAUGAUAAUGAAAACUCUGCAGACCUUGAUGAUACAUGAUCUCUCAAAGACUAGACUGUAUUCAUUAAAAUAAGCUUGAAUGCUGCAUGUAAAACCUUUGAAGCAGAAUCCUUAGAAAUGGUCUAAAUAAAACACUUCAUAUGUCUAUAGAA